CCAAAGAAAAAUGGUUGAUUACCCCACAGCCAGCUAGUCACACAAAAACAUAACCAAACCACUAUGGAGCCCUCCAAUAUACAAAUCAAUGACAACCCAAACUCCACCGCCGCCGCUUCUCAGCCCUUCAGCCGCCAUCAGCACGGCAGCGCACGAUCGGCGCCUUUCAUAGCCUCCAUCUCCGGCCAUGCCGCCGUCGCCGCUAAUAAAACAGCCAGCUCAACCCCAUCCUCUAGCAUUUCACCUUCAAGCUCUUCCUCUAGCACCUCCACAUCUUCCACCACCGCUCCUGCUGCGCCGCCACACCUCGUCGACGCCUCGCUUGCCAUUGCCACCAUACCGGAAUCCGAGCAGCUCCAAAUACAUCCGGCGCCUCCAAAGAGAUCGACCAAAGACCGGCACACGAAAGUCGACGGCCGUGGGCGGCGUAUCCGUAUGCCGGCGGCUUGCGCGGCUCGGGUUUUCCAGCUGACCCGAGAAUUAGGCCACAAGUCCGACGGCGAAACAAUUGAGUGGCUACUACAGCAAGCCGAGCCAGCCAUCAUAGCCUCCACCGGGACCGGAACCAUCCCGGCGAACUUCUCCACCCUGAACAUUUCCCUCCGCAGCGGCGGCUCGUCUAUGUCGGCGCCGCCUUCUAAGCCGGCUCCACAUUCUUUCCACAGCUCGUUAGGCCUUUCAGGUCAUCAUUAUGAGGAAGGCUUCUCACAUAUGCUUGGUUUUCACCAACCCCAUCACUUCUUAACUCCGAACCAAAUCGCCGGAAAUCUAGCCGGCGGGACAGGGGAAGGAGGAGACGGAGGAGAAAUACCGCAAGACACGACCGAGAAUUACUUGGGGAAAAGAUACAGGGAUGACUUGUUUAAGGAAGAAGGAUCAAGAAAUUCCCAAGGAGAAUCCACCGGCAGGCCAGGAAGCUCCGAUUCGCCGUCGAAUAAGCACAUCAAAGGGAACGGAGGAUCUAGUUUACAAGAGAAUACAACCGGAGCAUCGCCUAGUAUAUUCCGACACGGGAAUUUGAUACCGCCUUCGGCCGCUAUGUGGGCGGUGGCGCAGGGGCAUGGCGGCGGACCCUCCGCCGCAAGCUUCUCAAUGCUGCCGGUGAGUGGCGGAUCGGAACGCGGACAGAUGUGGGCAUUCCAAGCAAACAGUGGGAAUGCCGGGUCGCUUCAAGCGCCUUUACAUCUCAUGUCGAGGUUCAACAUUCCGACCGGGAAUCUUGAUUUUCCGGGAAGCCGAGCAGGGCAGUUGCAGUUGGGGUCCAUGAUAAUGCAGCAGCAGCAACAACAGGCGUCUGAGCAGUUAGGGUUAGGAAUACGGGAGGGCAAUUUGGGAAUGUUGGGCUCUUUUAAUGUGGCUUAUCCAAGAAGCGGUUUGAAUAUGAAUAGCUCUGAUCAUCAUCAUGUUCAACACCAAACGCCAGAUGACAAUGGCGAGGAAGAACAGAAUGCCUCUCAUUAAUUUUUACAUGUUUGGUAAUUGGUAUGUAUGUCUAAAUUGCUUUUAUUUAAACAUUAAUAGGUCAUGUAUUAGCACAUGAUAUAUAUUAAAUAAUUAUUAUAUUUUUCAUAUUCAGACCUACAUUAUUAUGAGAAAAUUUAAAGUACAAAAUCCAAUUUAUGAUAAUUUCAAGGGAAAUUGUAGAGUAAA